AUGGUCCAUUCUAGCAUGUCCCUUCCAAGGCUCGUGGGAUUGUUUUUGUGCUCUUCCGUCCGAUCAGCAGCUGCAUUUGCCUCCAAUAGCCCUUUUAUUACCACCACCAUGCCAUUUACAACCUCUCUGAAUUCCGUCAAAUUUGCCAAAUACGAAGGUCUCGGCAAUGACUUCAUUUUGGUCGAUGAUCGGGACAAGGAAGCCCCAAGUCUGACACCGGAACAGUCGGCCAAACUGUGCAAUCGCAACUUUGGGAUUGGUGGAGAUGGCGUCAUCUUUGCCCUCAAGCCUCCUUCGGAAGAAUUUGACUUUAAAAUGAGAAUCUACAACUCGGAUGGAUCCGAACCAGAAAUGUGUGGCAACGGAAUUCGAUGCUAUGCCAAAUUCUUGGCGGAUCUGGGAGAAGAUGCAAGCAAAUACACCAUUGAUACAUUGGCUGGACCAAUUAUUCCCGUCAUGAACGAGGACGGAACCGUCACGGUCGAUAUGGGUGAACCAGAAUUGGUUGCCUCCAAUGUCCCAACUACAUUAGAACCAAAUUUUGAGGGAGACUCCGCGGUCGAACAAACACUCGAAUGUAAUGGCAAAACAUGGAAAGUUUCGGCAGUCAGCAUGGGAAAUCCCCAUGCCAUUAUUUUUGUCGAUGACUUGGAAAAGGAUAUUGAUUUUGAAGUGGACGGUCCCGCCUUGGAGUCACACGAGGCCUUUCCUGCACGCAUCAAUGUCGAAUUUGUCCAAGUCAUGGCUCCCGAUCACUUGAAAAUGAAAGUGUGGGAACGUGGGGCCGGACCAACCUUGGCCUGUGGUACCGGGGCAUGUGCCUUGACGGUAGCAGCCAUUCGAGCCGGAAAGAUCCCCCCAGGUGGCAAUAAUCGAGUGACUCUUCCCGGUGGUGAUUUGUUCAUUGAAUGGAGAGAAUCCGACAACAAAGUGUACAUGAGUGGCCCCGCCACCUUUGUCUUUGAGGGAACAGCAAACGUAUAA